AUGACUGACGUGACAGUUGAGAAGUCCAAGUGCGUUUUCUGCAAUAUUGUCAAUAAACUGGAAAACACCGAAAUAUUGUAUGAGGACGAGGACGUUUGUGUAUUCCGAGACAUAAAACCGGCGAGUGACUUUCAUAUAUUGACGAUUCCGAAAAGGCAUAUUGAAGAUGUGAAGUCGCUGACCCCAUCUGACAAGACUUUGGUCGACAAAAUGCUAUCCGUUGCUAAAGCACAGCUUGAGAGCAACAACUUAUCAGUGGAAGACGCUAGGUUCGGUUAUCACUGGCCACCGUUCCGUAGCGUUCACCAUCUGCACCUACACACCAUUGCACCGGAGUCCAAAAUGGGGAUGAUCGCUCGGAUCAUAUUUAAACAGGACUCUUAUUGGUUUGUCUCGCCUGGAUAUAUAGAGACCAGAUUUUGCGAG